UGAGUUUAUUGAGGGUGCAGUAUCUGGAGCACUUUGAUGUCAGAGAAAUAAUGAUAGAAAACAUGGCAGAAGGAAAAGGUCGAUUAGUGUAUCACUUCAUGUUCACAAAUUGGCCUGAUCAAGCAGUCCCCAACACAAAACCACUCCUACAGUACCUACAGUUGAUCCACGCCCAUCAUACCACAGGGCCCAUUCUUGUCCACUGCAGUGCGGGGAUAGGAAGAACUGGUGUUCUCAUCACCAUAGAUCUGGCCCUGGCUCAGAUUGAAAAGAAAGGGCGGUGUGAUAUAUUUGAAAUAGUAACAGAGCUACGCAAGCAGAGAUAUGGCAUGAUUCAAGUCAAGGACCAGUAUACUUUAGUCUAUCUUGCCUGUCUGGAUGCUCUAAAAAGUUUGUGACCUUGAAGAUUCCACAAGAUCAAAAAAAAAAUUAUUGAUGAAGUGCAACAUUAUUUAUACAUUUACACAGUAUUUUUUGUUCAUUUUUGUUCCCUAUUUCUAGAUAAUUAACUCAGUCCCUUUACCCCUGUAUUUCUCUUUAUUUGAUCCUUUGUAACAGAUGGGUCAUUGUUCAUAUAAUGUUUUGUAUUCACAUAUAAGUUGUAACACGUGUUAUUUUUCAGUUAAUAUAUACCUGUAUUUGCAUGGAUUGUAUUUGUUAAGCAAUUGUAUAUGUGCAAUCAGUGUCUUCCUAUAUUUACAUGUAUAUUCAAAUAUCCAGAAUUUGUAUGGGAUUUUUUUUUUUCGUAUCUUGUAUUUUUCCUUUUUAUUUAUAUAUGCAUAGAUUUUCUGGUUUUUGUGUGUAAAGAAAAAAAAUCAUCAAACUCUUAAAGAACAAACAAAAAUAAACAAAUUUUCUGUAACAAGCAUUAGUUUAUAAAGUAUACCAUACAUGUAUAUCUUGCAAUUAAUUUUUGAUAUUAUUUGUAUAUGUAUUUUCCACAUAUUGUACCAGGUAUAUCAUUGUACUGCUCUCACUUAUCACGCAAUUUCUGUUAUGUCAUGAAUUCAUUUUCAUUUGUGUCAAUCUCAUCACUAACCCUUUAUGUAAAACAUUCUGUGCCAUAAUUUUCAUACAUGCCUUUUUUUGGCUGCACCUGUUAAAUUUCUUAGUUAUGACGCAUUGUUUUGUUCAUGUUUUCAUCAUCAUUAUUCAAAGCAGCUAACACUAUUUUCUAUCAUUUUCAAGCAUCUUCUUUAAAAAUUGUAAUUCAUUUCUGUAUAUUUUAUAACAUCUUUUUUUCCCCAACCAAAAAUUGCCAUAAAAUCAUUAUGUAUUUAUAAGCAUUUUUAUAUAUUUAUUCAUAACACAGGGAUUUUUACACAUGUUUGUGUAUUGAGUGUUAUAAGUUUAAGAUUAUAUUCCCAUGUAAUCUAAUGUUAGUUCCAUACAAAAAAAAUCCAUAUUGUAUUACAUAUUAUUUCAGUCUUGAAAAUUUAAAAAAUACAUAUAUGCCAAUGUAAUAAAUUAUAAUAUCCUAAUUUUUAAUUAAUAGCCAUAUUUUUUUUCAAUCAAAUUUUAUUCCAUAUUUAGUCUCAUUCUACCGUCCAUAUGUAUGUUCUGGUCUGAACUGUUUAAUUUGCUUUAAACUUGUUAAAAAAAUUUUCCCCCUACUAUACAUGUACCUUUGAACCAAAUGUAAAGAUUGUAUAAAUGUUAAUCAACAGUUUUUUUUAUGGGGGAUAAAGUUUAGUCCAGAGAUUUUACAGCUUCUACAUGUAUGUUUCUAGACUUUGAUUAUCUUUUCAUAUUUUGAAAGGUUAGCCUGUAUUUAGAAAUGCUGAUUUUGAUCAAAGGCAAAGCAAAAAUCUGGUAUUUAAAAGCCAUCAGAUAAUUUUGAAAGUAAAACAAUUACACGGUACUUUGAAAUAUCCUUUGGGAAGGGAUGAUUUUAUUUAUAACUUAACACUGUGAUCAACACCUAGUCACCAUGCUCCUUAUAUGUGGCCAUUUUUAAUGUUUCCUAACUUUUUAUUGUUGGGUGGUUUAGUUUCAGUUUUACAAAUCUUGUCAAAAAAAUUGAUUUCUCUUUGUUGUUUCCCAACUGCGUAUUUUUUCUAACUCUAUUUGAUUUAUGAUACUCUUGAUGAAAAUGUACAAAUUUUCUUUAUAUAUGUAGAAUAAUUCUUUAACAAAAUAUGAUGCAUUCCUCUAUUUAUGUACAACAUUACAGCAAUAUUGUUAGAUAAACAAUUUCACCACUCA